CGGCCGUGCUGUCAGUGCGGGAGAGUAUAAAAGUGGUGGCAGCGGCCGCGCUCCUGUCAGUAACCGGACUCCCCGAGCUCCGCUAUCAUAAUGUCCGGCCAGGCUGUGGGCAUCGACCUGGGCACCACGUACUCCUGCGUGGGCGUCUUCCAGCUCGGCAAGGUGGAGAUAAUCGCCAACGACCAGGGCAACCGCACCACCCCGAGCUACGUGGCCUUCACGGACACCGAGCGGCUGAUCGGCGACGCCGCCAAGAACCAGGUGGCCAUGAACCCGACCAACACCAUCUUCGACGCCAAGCGCCUGAUCGGCCGCCGCUUCGACGACCCCGCGGUGCAGGCCGACAUGAAGCACUGGCCGUUCACGGUGGUGGACGAGGCCGGCAAGCCCAAGGUGCAGGUGGAGUACCGGGGCGAGAUGAAGACGUUCUCCCCCGAGGAGGUGUCCUCCAUGGUGCUGGGGAAGAUGAAGGAGGUGGCCGAGGCCUACCUGGGCCGGCCGGUCCCCAGCGCCGUGAUCACCGUGCCCGCUUACUUCAACGACUCGCAGCGGCAGGCCACCAAGGACGCCGGGGUGAUCGCCGGCCUCUCCGUCCUCCGCAUCAUCAACGAGCCCACGGCCGCCGCCAUCGCCUACGGCCUGGACAAGCGGGGCUCCGGGGGCAGCGCCGAGCGCAACGUCCUCAUCUUCGACCUGGGCGGCGGCACCUUCGACGUGUCCGUGUUGACCAUCGACCAGGGGGUGUUCGAGGUGAAGUCCACGGCCGGGGACACCCACCUGGGCGGCGAGGACUUCGACAACCGCAUGGUCACCCACUUCGUGGAGGAGUUCAAGCGGAAACACAAGAAGGACAUCAGCGGCAACAAGCGGGCCGUGCGGCGGCUGAGGACGGCCUGCGAGCGGGCCAAGCGCACCCUGUCCUCCAGCACCCAGGCCGGCAUCGAGAUCGACUCGCUGUACGAGGGCGCCGACUUCUACACGUCCAUCACCCGCGCCCGCUUCGAGGAGCUGAACAGCGACCUGUUCCGGGCCACCCUGGAGCCGGUGGAGAAGGCGCUGCGGGACAGCCGGCUGGACAAGUCCCAGAUCCAGGAGAUCGUGCUGGUCGGCGGCUCCACCCGCAUCCCGCGCAUCCAGAAGCUGCUGCAGGACUUCUUCCACGGCAAGGAGCUCAACAAGAGCAUCAACCCGGACGAGGCGGUGGCCUACGGGGCGGCCGUGCAGGCGGCCAUCCUGACUGGGGACCGCUCGGAGAACGUGCAGGACCUGCUGCUGCUGGACGUCGCCCCGCUCUCCCUGGGCAUCGAGACGGCGGGGGGCAUCAUGACCGCCCUCAUCAAGCGGAACACGACCAUCCCCAGCAAGCAGACCCAGGUCUUCACCACCUACUCCGACAAUCAGCCCAGCGUGCUGGUCCAGGUGUUCGAGGGCGAGAGGUCAAUGACCCGGGACAACAACCUGCUGGGCAAGUUCGACCUCACCGGCAUCCCUCCGGCCCCCAGGGGGGUCCCACAGAUAGAGGUGACCUUUGACAUUGAUGCUAACGGCAUCUUGAACGUUAUGGCAGUGGACAAGAGCACAGGCAAGGAGAAUAAGAUCACAAUCACAAAUGACAAGGGCCGUCUAAGCAAAGAGGAUAUUGACCGAAUGGUGAACGAUGCUGAAAAGUACAAGUCAGAGGAUGAGGCCAAUACACAGCGGGUGGCUGCCAAGAAUUCAUUGGAGUCAUAUGCCUAUCACAUGAAACAAACUGUGGAGGAUGAGAAGCUGAAAGGCAAACUAAGCGAUCAGGAUAAGGGGAAGAUUUUGGCUAACUGCAAAGAGGUAAUUGAUUGGUUGGACAAAAACCAAGCCGCAGAAAAGGAUGAGUUCGAGUACAAGCAGAAAGAGUUGGAGAAAACUUGUAACCCAAUCAUCACCAAACUUUAUCAAGGUGGAGCUCCUAAGCCUGGUUCUGGUGGAGGAGCAGAUGGACCUACCAUUGAAGAAGUGGACUAAAUUUAUGUGACAAGUCGGGCAUUAAAAACCGUGAUACAUUCUAAUAGACGGAUAACAUACACUUUUUAUUAUUGGUGAUUAAAGGGACACUAUAGUCACUAGAACCACUACCACUGAAUGUAGUGGUUCUAGUGUCUAAACUGGCCCUGGAGACUGAGCACUGUAAAUAUUGCCCUUUAAGAGAAGGCAGUGUUUACAUUGCUGCCUAGUAACACUUCUAGUGACAGUCACCCAGACAACCGCUAGAGGUGCUUCUUAAUCUAGAGCUGUACAGUUUGCAGCACUGCACAUUCCCUAUAGAAAUGCAUUGAUUUAAUGCAUCUGUAUGAGGUGAUGCUGAUUGCUGCAGCGCUGUGCGUGUGCAAUAGCCUCCCAAUGCUGUCCUUUGAGAUCGGAGGCAGGUGGUUACCUAAACUGCCACUUGAGUACUAUAGUGUCAGGAAUACACAUCUGUAUUCCUGACACUCUAGUGUUUUUUUUAACAAUGGCCUUAAAGUGUACCUGGCACUCCAGGCUCAACUUGACAAUGGUAAAUUAUACAUUUACGGCCUUAAAAACUGCUGUUUCGCUUGAAAUGGUUAAAAUCCCAUGUUCCCACACCAUUUACUUGUAUUUUUUUGGGGGGGUCCUGUUCUUAUAGAUGGCAUUAGCUCUGCUUGGGCAGGGAUCUCCUUGAUACAAGCUUGACAUCACAUAAUCAGUGUUCUAGAUUUCCCCCGCAAGUGAGCACCACUUCUUGGCUAAUACACUGCAAGAGAUUCUAGCUUUGCCAUAACAAAGAUGACAUGUGGGGAGAGGCCAAAUUAUUCGUUUUAAUAUAAUCUACAUUGCUAGUUCAAUGUAUAGAUGACUUUAUGUACUAUAUUUUUUAUAUAUUACUGUGUACUCUAUAAAUACCAAAAUAGCUAUUGGUACUGCCUUAAAGGGACUCCUAUAGUCACCAGGACAUCUGCAGCAUAAUGUUCUGGUGUCUAUAGCAUGUCCCUGCAGGCAUUUUAAUGUAAACACUGCCUUUUACAUUACUGCCUAGCAACAUCUCUAGUGGUAAUUACUCAGAUGGCCACUAGAGAUGCUUCUUGGGUCAGUGCAGCACUGACAUUCAGCAUCUCCAGUCUGAAAUGUUCUCCAUAGAGAUGCUGAUUGGCGCUCUGCAUGCGCUAUAGUCUCCCGAUGCUUUACUAUGGGAAAGCAUUGGAUGGGAUGAGCUCAUAAAGAUUGUGGUCAGCCAACGAGGUGGGGCCAUCCAAGACAAGACUCGUGCAACACAUGGUCACGAGGUUAAUCAGACACCUACACUGUCUUUUCACAACUAUAGUGUCAGGGGUAUGAAUUUUUUUUCCCGACAGUAUAGUGUUCCUUUAAAUUGGUCGUUUGUCUAAUUAUGGAUCAUAAAACCAGGUAAAUUUUGCAAUGGCUAAUUAGCACUUAAAGUGAACCUAAUGCUUAAUACUUUAUACUCUGGUGUCUUUUAGUUAAAUCAAGCAGCACUUAUAAUCUCAGUAUUGAUUCUUUGCACUUCUGGAGUUCAUGUUAAAAAAGUUAAAGCUUUAAAUCAAUUGUGUGUUUGGGUGUAAAUGGCGGUCUGACCGCAAUGUCUGGAUUAUUAUACUACUAAUAGGGCUGGGCUAGAUUUAACAUUUCUACUUGGUUUUGGUAAAUGCUAAAGAUAUCUAAUAUCAGUACGUCUUUAUCAAUUGUCUAUGCUUUUUAUAAGAUUAAGCAAUAAAAUUGCAAAUUUCUC